GGGACCAAUAGGGACAGUCCUCCAUAGUUGACACCAAGCUAGCUACAGCUAGACACCCUGGACUCAAGAACCAGCAUCAAGAUGCCUACUAGAUCAAACAACACCAGUAGCAUGCCUGCAUCACACAAACCAAUGACUAAGUCAAAGUUGGUGCCUGUUCCCAAAGAGAUUCUCCCUGUCUAUGACACGAACUCCCCAGAGCCCACAACCAGAACCGACCUUCUGAAAUAUUGGAUCAACCUCUCCCUUGAUGAAAAGACAGCCAAUAAGGCGCUUUGGAUCUCAGAGGGCGGGGCCAAGGUAUCUCGCAUGACUGAUGAGGUCUUGUGCCCGGUGCUGGACAGACCCGAGAGAUACGAACACUCUCCACAGGUGCUCUGUAAGGAGGAAAUCUUCGGAUUCCGGGGCUACUGGGAAGUGGAGUACGCUGGGUGGGUGGUCGUCGGAGUCACGUCCGAAGGAGCUCCGAGGCGCAGCAGGGAUGGAAGCUGUGGCCUUGGGGAGAAUGAGGAGUCCUGUGGUCUGACCUGGGCUGGCUCCCACUACCAGCUGUGGUUCAAAGGGAUCAACAAAGAAAUCCGGAAGGUUCCUCAGUCCUUAACCAUCGGGGUAUAUUUGGACCAGCCGGCCGGUUUCGUCUGCUUCUACUCCGUAAAGGAAGUAAUGGAAGGAGAGGAGGGCACAGGAAGGAAGGAAGUCAAGCUGUUGGGGAGGGAGAAGUUCUCCCUCAAGGAGAACAUGCUGCCUGGUUUCUGGGUGGGACCAAACUCAUCUUGCUCAAUAGUGAAGAGAAAGGAGUAAAAAAAAAAAAAGCAUAAAUGUGAUUGUUGUUUUGUUUAAUGGUAAGAUCGGAAACAAAUAUUUAAGAUAUUGUAUAUUUCAGUAGCGUGGUUGAACGUGAUAAAAGCAGACAGCUUUUGAAGGAAACUCUAGCUAAGUUUGAGUGAAGCUGUUAUUCAGUAAACAUUUGUAUAUUUCAGUUGUGUGGUUGAACGUGAUAAAAGCAGACAGCAUUUUAAGGAAACUAGCUAAGGUUGAGUGACACUGUUACUCAGUAAACAUUUGUAAUGGUACAUGAAAGGUUUUAUUUAAUUGAUGUAGACUUAUUGAAUUAUACACGUAUGUUAAAAUAAAUAUUUAUGUUAUAUAUAUAUAAUAUUAUUUUUUAUUCAGUUAGCAAUUACUUCUCGUGACCAGGGGCACUGGGAAGUUUUGGGUCCCUUGGGAAAUCAGUCAUUGGUUAAAUGGUAGCACUUGGUAUACCAUCCAGGCAGUGUGGGUCCUCUUCCCAAAAGGGGCCCCUUUAUAUGAGAUUUAUAUUUUUUGUAUGGUUUGAAUAAUGUCUAAUGUAAAACACAUUGAAAUGUUUAUUGUAAUGGAUUUACUAAAUA